AUGCCUGCCUCUGUUUAUGUCCCCAGUCCGCUGGAGAGCCUGCCAAGUGAUUCGGACAACCUCCGAGCCUUGACCGCUGCUCCCCCUGUCACCACUGUACAGGACGAUGAUUCAACGCUCCUUACAGUGGACGGCUUGAUUCGCCGAAGGGCCUUGCUGCACCCCGAUGUUUAUGCAGUCUCCUAUCCUUCUUCUGGCAUUGCCUUUGUUCACUACACUGUUCAGCAACUAGACAUUUUUGCCUGGAGAGUCGCCAAACACUAUGAGGCUAAGCUACCAGUGCGACAGACCUCGGCCGAGAAGCCGAUGGUUGUUGCCAUGCUGGGACCCUCAAAUCUCGAGUACCUCAUCACCAUGCUCGCUCUGAGCAAGCUUGGCCAUACAGUGUUACUGCUGUCGACCAGAAUACCCCAGGUGGCUAUCGAAUCUCUCAUCAACACUACCGGAGCUUCGGCAAUUGUCGCCGACAGUCGACACGUGGAAAUUGCCGGCGAAGUCCAGAAGAACAUUCCCACUCUACAGCUCAUCGAUAUUGCUGGGCGGAAUACCUUUGAGUAUUCCAUUGAGGCUCAUGGAGACACUCAAUUGGACACUGCCCUUGAUGGCAGCAUCGAAACACAAAAUAUGGCCUGGAUUAUCCACUCAAGUGGCUCAACCGGUCUGCCAAAACCCAUCUACCAGACUCAAAAGUCCUGUUUGGCAAACUAUGCGACCAGCAUGGAGAUGAAAGCAUUCAUCACCCUACCACUCUUUCACAACCACGGCAUCUGCAACUUGUUCCGGGCCAUUUACUGUCAGAAGCCCAUUUACUUGUACAAUGCCGACCUCCCUCUCGCACAGGAACACUUACUCAAGAUUAUGCGAGAGCAUAAGUUUGAGAUCUUCUACGGAGUACCAUAUGCCUUGAAGCUACUUGCUGAGACGGACGAAGGCAUUGCCCUACUGCGAGAGCUCAAGAUUGUGAUGUAUGGAGGAUCUGCCUGUCCUGAUGACCUUGGCAAUCUUCUUGUGGAUAGUGGUGUCAAUCUUGUUGGGCACUACGGCGCAACCGAAGUCGGUCAGUUGAUGACUUCGUUCCGACCGGAAGGCGACAAGGCCUGGAACUACGUCCGAGAAAACGACAAACUUUCACCGUUCCUCAAGUGGAUUCCAAGAGGUUCGCUAUACGAGUGCUGUGUUACAGAUGGUUGGCCAGCCAAGGUCCAAUCCAACCAGGACGACAACUCAUAUAGAACGAAGGAUCUCUUCGAGCCUCAUCCCACAAUCCCUCGAGCCUGGAAAUAUGUCUGCAGAAUCGAUGAUACAAUUGUCCUUGUCAACGGCGAGAAGUUCAAUCCGCUUGCGAUGGAGGGUUCGAUCAGAUCGAACAAGAACAUCACCGAGGCAGUCGUGUUUGGUGCCGGCCGGCCCUACCUGGGAAUCCUCAUUGUACCCUCUCAGAUUUGGGCUGGAAAGUCCAAUGACGAAAUCCUUGACGCCAUCUGGCCAGUUGUCGAAUCGGCAAAUCACUCCGCAGAUGCAUUUGCCCGCAUCUCCAAGGGAAUGAUUCGCUUGCUUCCCCAGGACUGCGAUUAUCCACGAACCGACAAAGGCAGUGUUAUUCGACAGGCAUUCUACAAGCAGUUCCAGAACCACAUCGACGACGCCUACGAUACAGAGGAUGUCAACGCUGCCGAUUUGAAGCAGCUGGAUUUGCCCGAACUGCAGGAAUUCGUGCGAGAGCUUUUGGAAAGAACUCUCGCCACGGACAAGCCUGUUGCUGACGACACUGACUUCUUCCUUUUGGGUCUCGACUCUCUGCAAGCUAUUCAGAUGCGCAGUGAGAUCCUCAAGACUGUUGACACUGGUGGCAACAAACUUGGGCAAAACGUUGUUUUCGAGCAGCCCUCUAUUGAGAAGCUCAGUCAGUUCCUUCUCAAUUUGCGAAUCGGUCAAGACGCAGCCAGCAAAGUAUCGAUUGAGGACGAAAUGAGAGAUUUGAUUGGCAAGUAUGGGGUAAACUCACCAAAUGAAUCCCGAUUCUCGGUAGUCGUGACUGGUGCAACUGGAUCACUUGGUGCUCACGUCGCUGCAAAGCUCACGGCUGAUCCACGAGUCGACCGCAUCUAUUGUCUUGUUCGAGCUCCCGGUCCGGCUGAAGCACUUGAGCGAGUCAAGCAGUCGAUGGUCCAGCGACAAGUUUACCACACGCUUCCUCUUGAGGCCCGACGGAAACUUGUUGCACUUCCGUCAGACUUGUCUGAUGCUAAGCUCGGGUUAUCUGACUCAGACUACGAGUCAAUUACUCAAGAUCUCCGGGUGGUCAUCCACUGCGCGUGGUCUGUCAACUUCAACAUGCAGUUGUCAAGCUUUGCUCCCAGCAUUUCCGGUGUGACCAACCUGAUUUCCCUCUGCAAAUCGUCAGUAUCGCCAGCCUCGAUGAACUUUUGCUCCUCAGUCAGCACCUGCUCUCGUGCCACGACAUUGCCGGUACCAGAGACUGUCCCCAAUCUCGAAUGGGCCCAGGGCAUGGGAUACGCACAGUCCAAAUCUGUUGCCGAGCACCUCUGUGCCAAGGCGGCGAGCCAAGGUGUUACUGCUCGCGUGUUGAGAGUAGGUCAGAUUGUUGGCGACACAAAGUACGGUGUUUGGAAUGCCCGAGAGGCUGUCCCUAUGAUGAUGCAGACUGCCGUCACGGUUGGGGCGUUGCCGAAGCUCAAGGAGACACCGUCAUGGCUCCCUGUCGACACUGUCGCCGAUGCAGUGGCCGAUAUUUCCCUGUCUGAAGCCGGCAGCGUCUUCACCAAUGUGACAAAUCCCAGGAUGUUUAGUUGGUCUGACAAUUUACUCCCCGCUUUGCGAAAUGCUGGCCUGUCCUUCGAGGAGGUUGAGCCAAAGGAAUGGGUGCAACGACUCCGAACGUCAAAUCCCGACCCGACAGUGAACCCCCCAAUCAAGCUGGUUGACUUUUUUGCCUCAAAAUACGACAAAGAUGACUUUACGCCAUCAAAGCCGUUCGAUACAAAGAUCGCUUGCUCCCUCUCCCCAUCUUUGGCUGCUGCUCCGGUUUUGGACGAUGAUCUUGUUAACAAAUUUGUUAAAUAUUUUCUCAAUGCUUCUUGGAGACCCGAGUCCACCAACAAGUUCACCAAGACGACAAUUUUAGUUGCCGGUCCAGCUGGGAGCGGCAAGUCUACAGUCGGUGCCGCGGUGUCUCAGUCGUUAGAUGUGCCAUUUAUCGAAGGAGACAGCCUUCACAGCAGGUUAGCCGUGGAAAAGAUGAGAUCGAAAACGGCUCUGACGGAUGAGGAUCGACUACUUUGGCUUGACCGCAUUUGCACCCGCGCAGAUUCCUCCCUUUUUGAGUUGGGCUAUGACUCCGUUGUAAUCAGCUGCUCUGCACUGAAGCUUGGAUACCGCUCAAGGAUUCGCAACACCUUGGCAGAGCGAGGCAUCAAGGUUGCCAUUUUCGAUCUUCAAUGUGGAAAGGACGUGCUGCUGAAGCGAUUGGAGCAACGGAAGGGGCAUUAUAUGAGUGCAGAUAUGGCUGAUGGCCAGCUGAGCCUGCAUGAGAACCCCGGAGUAGAGGAAGUUGAUGUCAUCCCCAUCGAUGCCGAAGCGGAUGUGCACCAGGUCAUUGGCGAGGUAAAUUGGUUUUUGGAACAUAGGUGA